ACUGAAGUCAAAUGCGGCGCAUGUCGACAGAGGAACGCGCAAGAACAGUUGGCAUGGUCCAUGCUGGUUGCAGUUUACGAGAGGUUUGCUUUCUUCCAUUACAUUCGAUCUUUUGCGAAAAACUUUCAGAUACACAGUGUAGGAAACAAUUUAAAAAUUCAAUUGAAUUGAUCAUUUUCACAGGUUGCUAGAAAUUUCAAUAGAGACCACAAGACCAUCGCAAACCUAAUCCGAAAAUUCAAUGGAACCGGAAGUGUAGCGGAUCUACGCCGACGGCCCAAACGGCGUGUAACAACCCCUCAACAGGAUCGCUUCAUAAGAGUGACCCAUUUACGCGACAGACAUUUGACAGCUCGAGCAACAGCAAGGAGCACAUUGGGAACACAUGGAAGACCCCUCAGUGAUCAAACUGUGAGAAACAGACUUAGGGAAAGGGGAUUGCGGACAAGAAGACCUUAUGUAGGGUUGGUAUUGUCUGCAAGACAUAGGCAACUUCGAUUAGCGUGGGCAAGACGCCAUAUGAGGUAUACGCGCGCGGACUGGGGACAAGUUCUUUUCACAGAUGAGUCCAGAUUCAAUUUAAGGCGAUCAGAUGGACGGUCCUACGUCUACCGCAGAAUUGGCGAACGAUAUAUUGACGCAUGUGUAAGGGAGCGAGGGCAGUUUGGAGGUGGUUCUGUCAUGGUGUGGGCGGGAAUAUCGUUUCACACAAAAACACCAAUGAUCCCGAUCCACCAGAACCUGAAUGCAGCAAGGUACCAAAACCUUGUCCUACAGCCAGUGGCAAUUCCGCACAUCCAAGCAAAUCGCGGAAUGGUCCUUAUGCAGGAUAAUGCCACCCCACACACGGCAAGAACCACCCAACAGAUGCUGCAGGGUCACAAUAUCCGCGUAAUUGACUGGCCCCCUUGCAGUCCAGACCUCAAUCCUAUUGAACAUGUAUGGGACGAGGUAGACAGGCGAGUAAGACAGCUUCCCCGCCGCAGAAUCUGGCAGAGCUUGAGAGAAACCUCAUUAACACUUGGAAUAACAUUCCACAAAGGUUUUUACACAAUUACGUGACCUCAAUGCGAAACAGGUGCCAGGCAGUUAUUCGAGCGAAUGGGGGACACACACGGCAAUCACUGGUUGAAUGAAAUUGUACCCCGUCUUCUGCAUUCUGUGCUGGACAUCACUCAUACAAUGAGCGACACGUUUCUGGAGUUGAUGCCAGAUCUGGAUUACCUACAAGCCAUGUCCUCCCCCCGAGUUAUGACGUCCCAUCUUCCAUAUCGAUGUCUCCCAAAAGAACACAAAGAAAACCGUGGGAAGAGUAUUCAUAUUAUCCGGAAUCCAAAAGACGUUGCUGUGUCUGCCUUUUAUCAUUUCUCUAGAGAUUCAACGGUUAAGGAUUACGUAUGUCCUGAAUGGUCUGGAUUCAUAGAUGAAUUUUUAUCUGGAGACAUUUUCUAUGGAAGUUGGUUUGACCGAGAGCUCGAGUGGGAACAAGCAGCACUGGAAAACCCCGGGAACAUAUUAAUUCUUUAUUACGAGGAACUGAAAACAAAUGGAUUAGAAACGAUGAAGUGCAUCUCUAACUUUCUUGGAGUUCCACCCGAUGUUGAAUUUCUGCAAGCUGUCUAUGAUAAAUGCUCCAUUGAUGAGGUGAAGAAAAGAAAAAUGGGCACUGAAUAUGAAUUCUUGUAUAGAAAAGGAGUGGUGGAUGAUUGGAAGUCCCACUUUACUGUCGCACAAAAUGAGAACUUUAAUCGUGUGUUUAAUGAUCGGAUGAAAGAUUCCAAGCUGCGCAUAAAAAUGAAUAUGUAAUGCAAAACAUUGGUUGUUCAGCCUGUAUUCUAGUACAUAUUGUUACAUGUGGCUUGAGUUACGGUGUGUUUAUCUUUGUUAUUCAUGAGUUAAAAUAAUGGAAGUUGUUUCUUGCGGAUAUUAAUACAUUUCAUGUUGAAUGUCAAAUGUACAAUGACUAACACGCUUGCAAAACAAAAUCAAUUUUUUAUAACAAAUACAAUUCUAACCUUUUACCGCAAUAAAUGAAAUGUCUACCAGUACUUACGUACGGUCAUAAAA